AUGACGCUCUCACAGGACUCACACCAGGCCAUUCAUGAUCACCCCACAGACCCUCCCACGCUACUGGCACCACGCACGCCUCUAAGCCCCGCAUACUGGCACCACGCACGUCUCUAUCAUCUCCCACUCCUCCAGACUCACGCCCCUAGACCCUCCCACGCUACUGGCACCACCCACUCCUCUAGCACCUCCCACGCCUCCAGACUCACGCCCCUAGACCCUCCCGCUACUAGCAUCUCCCACGCCCCCAGACCCUCCCCACGCCCCAGACCACCUCCCACUUCCCCAGGCCUCCCGCCCCCAGACCCUUCCACGCUACUGGCACCACCCACGCCUCCUGGCAUCUCCAUGCCUCAGACCCUCCCGCCUCCAGACCCUACGCCCUCGGACAUCCACCCCCAGACCUCCCGCCCCAGACCUACGCCCUCAGACCAUCCCGCCCCCCAGGCCACUCCCACGUCCCAGAUUCUCCCACGCUACUGGCACCACCCACGCCUCCCUAGCAUCUCCCAUGCCUCCAGACCCUCCACGCCUCAGACUACGCCCUCAGACCAUCCCACGCCCCCAGACCCUCCCACGCCCCCAGGCCUCCACGCUACUGGCACCACCACGCCUCUAGCAUCUCCCAUGCCUCCAGACCCUCCCGCCUCCAGACCUACGCCCUCAGACCAUCCCACGCCCCAGACCCUCCCGCCCCAGAUUCUCCCACGCUACUGGCACCACCACACCUCUAGCAUCUCCCAUGCCUCCAGACCCUCCCACGCCUCCAGACCUACGCCCUCAGACCAUCCCACGCCCCCAGACCCUCCCAUGCCCCCAGGUCCUCCCACGCUACUGGCACCACCUACACCUCCAGCACCUCUCACGACACUAGUACCUCCUACACCACCACCAGGCAACUUGAUCACCUGUGUGUCCCGCGUGUACCUGACCCGCCCUCUACAACCUCCUCAAAAUUAA